CCCCGCCUCUCCCGCUCGCCAUUGCGGCGGCUCAGGGCGAGCCGCGCCGCGUCCCCCGCUCGCCUCCCUCCCACCGCGGCCGCCGCCCGGCAGAGGCUCCACGGCGCAGGCCCGCCGCAGCGCAGCCGCUCUGAGCAAAGGUGUCUGCGUCUGGGUGCUAUGCCAUCUUGUUUGGAAGUAUGGAUUUUUCAAAACUCUUAAACUUCAAGUUCCUCUUCUGGCUCCUGGUACAGUCAUUAUUUCCCUCUCGUAGAAGACCACUGCUGCUGGGGGAGCUAUUGAUGGAAGAACACGGGGUGACCCAAACAGAGCACAUGGCCACCAUCGAGGCCCACGCAGUGGCCCAGCAGGUGCAGCAGGUCCAUGUGGCCACCUACACAGAGCACAGCAUGCUGAGCGCGGACGAAGACUCGCCGUCUUCGCCAGAGGACACCUCCUACGAUGACUCUGACAUCCUCAACUCCACAGCUGCCGACGAGGUCACCGCCCACCUGGCUGCAGCAGGCCCUGUGGGGAUGGCAGCAGCUGCUGCCGUGGCAACGGGUAAAAAACGAAAGCGACCACACGUUUUUGAAUCCAACCCAUCAAUCCGCAAAAGGCAGCAGACACGUUUGCUACGGAAGCUCCGAGCCACGCUGGAUGAGUACACCACCAGAGUAGGGCAGCAGGCCAUCGUCCUGUGCAUCUCACCCUCCAAACCCAAUCCUGUCUUUAAAGUAUUCGGUGCUGCACCCUUGGAGAACGUGGUACGCAAGUACAAGAGCAUGAUCCUGGAAGACCUGGAGUCCGCACUGGCAGAGCAUGCUCCUGCACCUCAGGAGGUUAACUCAGAGUUGCCACCCCUCACCAUCGAUGGCAUUCCUGUCUCGGUAGACAAGAUGACCCAGGCACAGCUGCGAGCUUUCAUCCCUGAGAUGCUGAAGUAUUCCACGGGUCGCGGGAAACCAGGCUGGGGCAAGGAAAGCUGUAAGCCCAUCUGGUGGCCUGAGGACAUUCCGUGGGCCAAUGUUCGCAGCGAUGUCCGCACAGAGGAACAGAAGCAGCGGGUGUCAUGGACCCAAGCGCUGCGGACUAUCGUGAAGAACUGCUACAAGCAGCACGGGCGUGAAGACCUACUCUACGCAUUUGAGGAUCAGCAGACACAGCAGCAGACUACGACCACACAUAGUAUAGCGCACCUGGUGCCGUCACAGACAGUGGUACAAACCUUCAGUAACCCUGAUGGCACCGUGUCCCUCAUCCAGGUUGGCACUGGUGCUACAGUUGCGACGUUGGCCGAUGCCUCAGAGUUGCCUACCACAGUUACCGUCGCACAAGUCAAUUAUUCCGCAGUGGCUGACGGAGAGGUGGAGCAGAACUGGGCAACGCUACAGGGGGGUGAGAUGACUAUCCAGACGACGCAGGCAUCAGAGGCCACGCAGGCGGUGGCGUCAUUAGCAGAAGCAGCAGUGGCAGCAUCUCAGGAGAUGCAACAAGGAGCAACUGUCACCAUGGCACUUAACAGUGAAGCAGCUGCCCAUGCAGUAGCCACGCUUGCUGAAGCCACUCUUCAAGGAGGAGGACAGAUUGUCCUAUCUGGUGAAACUGCAGCAGCAGUAGGAGCGCUUACCGGAGUCCAAGAUGCCAAUGGGAAGAUGGACCCAAAUGAGUCGCAGGCAACUUGGGAAAGUGCAGAUCAGCUUGCUUGCAUCCGAGCGGACAGGAAGGAAAAAGUCGAGCUUUUUGUAGGGUCUUCCCGGUGUGAACAGACUUUUUUAAUGAAGUAUUGCCCUGAAACAGGUCUCGUCCAGAUCCCCGUCAGCAUGUACCAGACCGUGGUGACCAGCCUGGCCCAAGGCAACGGCCCCGUUCAGGUGGCGAUGGCACCCGUUACCACGAGGAUAGCGGACAGUGCCGUCACCAUGGACGGGCAGGCAGUGGAAGUGGUGACCUUGGAACAGUGACGAUGCCCAGAGCAGGAUCAUGGUGAUUUUCCUUGUCUCUUAUGCGAAUAAUUUUUUUACACCUCUCCAGAGAUGCAGUCAGGUGGCAUUGAGUCUCCUAGCUUUGGAAGCAAAGGUUUUGUUAACCUUUUUUUUUUUUUUUUAAAGGAAAAAAAAAAAAAGAAAAAAGAAAAAAAUAGAUAAAAAAACCUAGCAGAGGUUGUGUGUUAAGUGCAUUUUUAUAGCGCCACUCUGCUCUUGUAGGAGUGAGAAGCCAAAUUGUGACGGGACUUUCAUUCCAAGGAGAUUGAAAAGAAAACAAAAUACAGCAACAACAGCAAAAAGCAACCCCUUGUCCCCCAUUCCCCCCGCACGGGAUCGAGCAGAGCGAGGCCUGCGGCCAUCGAGGCACGGCGGGAGCACGGACGCCCUCGGCCGAACCCGCUCCAGCAGCAUCGUCGUCGCUCCCGGGCUGCGCCGGCACCUUCCUCCACGGCAGCUCCUGGGCACGGCCCUCCGCCGUCCGCACCUGGCAAAUUAGGUUUCAAAGAUUUUAACGCGGACUUUUGUAUUAAAAACAAAACCAAAACCACACACACACACAAAAAAAAAAAAAAAAGGAAAAAAAAAAAAGAAGGAAAAGAGUUUGGAAAAAGGCUCCUCUCCUGGGGAAAAACAAAACGCAUGUGUGACUGCAGGGGGGUGGCAGCCUCCUGAAGGGAUGACCCUCUUCCAGGAGCCCGCGCCGCUGCCGCCCUCCCCGCGCCGGCGAGCGAGGCCGCCUCUGCCUUUGACGACCGUAAGCGCCGCUGCGGAGAAUCGCAGCUGCGCUCCGCUCGGCUCCCCUUGGUGCACACUGGAGACCUGUUCUUAUUUCUCUGCUCUCGAAAUGUACCUGCCAUUUUAGAUCUUUUUUUUUUUUUCUUUAUUAUUAUUAUUGUUAUUAUUAUUAUUAUUUCCCGUUUCUGUGGCUCUAGACUGGAGUGGAAACGCCUCUAGAGGGGCUCUGGCUGCCUGUCCCCCCCCACCCUCCCAGGACUUCCUUUGCCAAAGAGCCGCCUCGGGCUCGCCCCAUCCCCCAGGACCCCACAUCCUCCCCUGCCCGUCCCCGGAGAGUCCGGUUCCCGCAAGAAAAGCUACGUUUGAAGGUAGCGGGGGGAGGGAUGGGAUGUGACCCUUCCCUUCGGGGACCCCUCUGCACCCCUCCAAGCCGCCCCCAACCCCCCGGUCCUGCCCUGCGUGCAUCUCCCAGCUCAGCUCUGCUGCUGCUGCGGACUUUUAAUCCCCAUCACCCAAAAACCUCUCCGGGGGGUGGGGGAUGGGGUGGGUGGAGAAGCCUCGGGGGUGUUUGUUUUGGGGGGGGGACACAAGUUUUACUUGACUUUUCCGUGGGCCAAACCCUUGCGUCCCAGCGGCAGCGCCCGGCCGAACCCUCCGUCAGCCACAGCCCUGCCGCGCGUGCAGUUGUGCAUGGUAUUUAAUUUUUAAUUCUUUUUUUAAUUAUUAUUUCCAAGUGGCCAUUAAUGAAGUUCUCCAAGUCUCGCUCCGCCUUCGAGGAAGUUUUCAGAUUCUUGUAUUUACUUGUUUUAUAUGGGAAAAAAAAUAUCAAAUGUUCUUUGUAUACAUUUCUUCUGUACUUUAUGAGGGGAGGGAGAUCUUUCCAUAGAAACAGUCCUGGUUCUCCAAUUUUAUUUUUUUUUUCUUUUUUUUAAAUAUUAUUUUUUUAUUGUCGUUGUGAAGAUGUUGGUGGCUUUCAAGUCAGUGUUUCUUUGGCGAUGAAAUGACGUUCUUUUAGUCCGAGAGGUUUCCCCCUGCCCUCCCACCCCCCCAAAAAAGACAAAAACCAGGCAAGUAGCAGAGCAUGGACCCCCCCCUUGUUUCCCAGUGUCUAUUAUUGCCUCAUUCAAUAAAUUGUUACAAAUGUGUCUA